AGACAAGUCUAAAGGCAGUUGUUUACUCCGUUCCGUCAGAUAUGAGUACUCAUUUUUCGGUUGCGAAUAAGGUCGCUCUGAUCACGGGGGGCGCCACUGGUAUUGGAUAUUUUUGUGCUAUCGGAUUGUUAGAAAACGGAGCUAAGGGUGUGUCUAUUGCAGAUAUCGAUGAAGAAGCCGGACUGAGAGCGGUACAAACUAUAUCAGAGAAAUUUAGCGAGUACAGUAUUUUAUUUGUAAAGACUGAUGUUACAGAUAUUACUCAAUUUGAAGAUGCUUUUCAAAAUACAGUGGAAGCUUUUGGACAAGUCGAUAUUUUAGUUAACAAUGCAGGGAUUUUAGAUGAUGACGCCUGGGAAAAAAUAAUCGACGUAAAUGUUAAAGGUACUGUAAACGGAAUACUCUUAGGACUCGAAAACUACCUACAAAACAACAGAUCUACAGACGAAGCCGUAAUUUUAAAUAUUUCUUCCACCAAAGGUAUUCGAGGAUCUCCAGAUAACCCCAUCUAUUCUUGCACUAAGUUUGCAGUAAAUGGUAUGGCUUUAUCAUGGGGUUUGCCUGUACUCUACGAGGAGACCAAAGUGAAAGUCAUAUCUGUUUGUCCUGGAUCUGUAACUUCAGAUAUUACUAACGAAAUGCCUAAAGAAAAUUUAGAUACUGUUUCCAAUGAUGUUACACAAACAGAAGAAGAGGUAGCAUCGGGCAUUGUCCAAGUAAUAGAACGUGCCAAAACUGGAACAAUUUGGGUAAUUGAAGGAGGAGAAUUAGCCCACCAAUACGUUUUACCCAGCAUAUCAAAUAUGGAAAAAGUUUAUAUAAAAUAAAUUCGGAAAAAAACAUUAAUUUUAAGUUAGUUUUAAAAUUUAAAUAAGUUAGGUUUAAGAGAAGAUCCUUGUUGUUUAAUAAUAAAAUUAUUAAAUUAAGAUAUAUUACACAUUAGAUAGGAAAAUAAACCGUUUAAAACAGUCAGUUAUAUUGAUAUUAAUGAAAAUAUAGAUUUAUUACCUA